AUGAGUAGUUUGCUUCUUCGACAUGUAAAAUUGACUCAUCCUCAAGUAGCUCUGAUGCUACAAUAUCAAGUUCGGGCAGAUGCUUCAACAGCGGCUGUAUCAAACAAAUCUAUUGUGCAAACUAGUCCAGUUGUAUUGGAUAAUCGAAAACCACCACCACCAUUGGAUGCUGACCGUAUGCGUAUGCAUCCACGUAUUGGCAAUCGUGAAAUUGUUGGUUAUGGUUUGAAAGGAAAGCCUGAAUAUUUUGAUUUGGUUAUGUUUCCAUGUCCAAGUAUUCGUUGGGAAGCAGAUACACCUGCAAUCGCUGCAUUAAGAAACAAGGAAAAAGGUGAUUGGAAACAAUUAUCAGUGGAGGAAAAGAAACAAUUGUAUCGAGCAAGUUUUCGUCAAACAUUUGCAGAAUUUACAGCUUCAACUGGCCUAUGGAAAUGGGCUAUAGGAUGGACUUUAAUUGCCCUAGCUGGCUUCAUUCUAGGUUAUGAUGGAUGGCGACGCAUUGUCUACAAUUUUGACAGACCUGAUAGUUUUUCGGAAGAAAAAUUGAAGAAACAAAUGCAAUUUCAUAUUGCUGCUAGACAAGGUCCUAUGAGAACUUUCUCAGCCAAAUGGGAUUAUGAAACAGGCACAUGGAAAAAAUAA